AGUCAUAGAUAACACUUAUUACUGGUGUACUAUUAGAUCAAAACAAAAUAAGCAUUCUAAUUUCUUAAAGAAAUAUGAAGAUAAAUAAAGCUUUUAGCAAAAUAAUUAUCUCAAACAGAUUACCAAUUAUAUUGUCUAGGGCAAUGACUACUACUAUCCUAUCUAAUCAAAAUGCCCUGCAUUAUUGUGCAAAUAUCGUUAGGUAUUUUUCAAAAUAAAUUUAUUUGUAUAAAAUUACAUACACCGCGAUUAAGUAUGUGCUAGUACUUCCUUGUUAUUUUACAGAUAGACAGCACGAUUAUGAGAAUUUUUUAGCGACCUUACUUAUGACAAAAUCAAUUAGAUCACCAGCUCUAGUUGUCAGAGCUUUUAAUGUUGAAGUAGCUCGAAUACAAGACCAAACUACAGAUCCACAAACGGCCACAUUUCGAUUGCAGUUUUGGCAAGAUGUCCUUACUAAUAUUUACAAAAAAGGCAGCGAUUUCCAAAAUAUCCCGGCUAACCCUGUUGCUCAGGAAUUAUUCAAGAUUUGUAGUUGCUACACAUUACCAAGAAAACAUUUGGAAAGACUUGUCUCAUCAAGAAGCAACUUACUUAAAACUAGGCACUUUCGAAGUUUAGAAGAUAUUGAGAGAUAUGCAGAAGAUGCAGUCUCUCCUGUUUAUUAUCUUCUUCUAAAUGUGGCAGCAGUUAAAGAUAUACAUGCUGACCACGCAGCUUCACAUUUAGGGAAAGCUCAAGGGAUUGUUAAUAUACUAAGAUCAAUAUUUGUUUCUAACAGACAUAAAAUAGUAUUAUUGCCUAUGGAAAUCCUUAUGAGAAAUGAAAUAAGUCAAGAAGAGGUUUUAAGAGGAGUUGAUAGUGAGAAAAUGAGGAAUGUUGUAUUUGAAAUAGCAAGUAGGGCAAAUAGUCAUUUAGAAAAGGCCAGGAAAAUCACCAUACCUAAAAUAGCAAAACAAGUAUUCUUGCCAGCAAUUUCUGUGGAUAAAUACUUGACAAAAUUACAAAAACAAAAUUUCAAUGUUUUUGACACAACAUUACAAAGGCAAAAUGUUGCUUUACCAUUCAACCUUUACUAUAAUAGGAUACUUAACAAAUAUUAAUUUAACAACAUCUAUGAUGGAGUAGCGUGGUCAACUGAUUCAAUGAAGGAAAUGCAUUUUCCAGAUUCAGUUACUGUUAUUUAGGAAUUAGAGCAAUAUAUGGAAUUAUUCUAAUUUUAAUAUUUAUUUUAAUAAUAAAUAUCUUUUUUGUUUAUUUUGUUUCCUUUAUAUAGUCAUCUAAAUUUUCAAUUAUAAUUUAUGAAAAAAUAAAACUAUCACUGCAUUGGAAAAAUUGCACUGUUUACUUCUAAGCUUCUUCAUGCAAAUAAAUACUUAUAACAAUUUGAGAUUCAAGCAACAUGUAUGUUUGGCAACUUGAGUACCUAUAAGUACCUUACAUAAUAUCUAGCUAAUAAUAAUGCUAUUAUGAUAGUUAUAAAUUACAAUAAACACAUUAUUCAAAUCCAAAUUUCAUGAAACAUACUUUUAAUCUGAUAAGAAAUCAAAGUUCAUUAAACUCAUUUUUGAUAACAUGAUUCAUAACCACAUAAGUUUAUUUAGAUAUUUAAAACAGAUAGUUAAGGCAUUAUUUUAAUGCAUGAAUCCAUUCAAUUAACUACCAUUUUGUAAUGGUUGCUAAUAUAAAUAUUAAGACAUUAAGCCUUUGAAAAUAUCUAAUAUUAAUUGUAGGCAUUAGUAAAAUUUCCAAAGUGAUAUUUAUAUCAUCUGAGCAAUAGAUAGUAGAGAUAUGGUAUCAAAAAUAUUUAAUAUGCUUGAUAAUUUAUAUGACAUGACAUAUAAAAGGUGCACCGUGGAUAGAAAACUUUGGUUAAGUAUGUUUGAAAAUCUUUGGUAACAGUCAAUUCCAUAACAGAAACAUGAUAUCUAAAUAACUAAAAAUGUACUUUAUCAUAGUCUAAUACCACUUUAACAUAGUAAUAGUCGCAUAUUUAUAAAACUAUAGUGAUAUUAACACCCAAUCAAAUUAUAUUUUUUCAAAUUAUCUAUACACACUAUAAAAUGUAUUAAAAUCUAUAGCUGCCACUAUUUCCCAUUAUUUAAAUUUAAAAAAUGUAUAAAUUCAUAAGUUAAGAGUUUAGAUAGUAGGACACUUCUGUGCAUAAAAGAAAAUUUAAAAAAAUAAUAGCACAGGUUAACACAGCCAUUAAAAAGUAAGUCUAAUUUGGAAUGUAAAUGUUAACAAAGUAAAAUAUUUCUAAAUAUAUAUUAAAGCCUUAAUAUUUCUAAAUAUAUAAAAAGCUAAAUGUAAGUACUGUUUCAUCACAAUGAGCCUGCUGCAUAAUAAAAAGCUACAAAAUUUUACUAUUCUGAGGGUGUCAAGUCCUUCUCCGGUUCACCUUCAGAUAAUAUUUGCUGAAGAAGAUCAUACACAGGUUCGAAUGCUUUACGGCAAGCUGCAUUCGUAGGAGUAAGAUAGUCAUGCAUAUCAUGGUGACUUAUAGUUCCAUCAUUUUGAAUGAAGCCUUUAUCUAUGGUCACCAUCUCCACUUUAUUCAUGUUGGCAACUUUUUCCCGUAAUAGUUGAUUAAUUUUUGAAUUUUUCUCUCGUAAAAUAUUAGGGUACUGUCCACG